AAUUAAUUUGUGGCGCGUUGGUUCAAUUUAGUUAAGCAAAUAAAAAUUGCGAUAGAUUAGGAAAGUUUAAAUGAAGAAGUGUUCGUUGCGGAAUAUAAUCUGUUGGGCUUAAGGAGUGGGUUUUAAUUUAACAGUUGAGUGUUAACGUUCAGCAUAGCGCACGUAUGCCAGUGUAAUAAGUGUAAUUGUUCUAUCAACUGAAUAGUGUGAGAAAUCUACGUUAAAAUAAGCGCAAUUCAGAUAAUUAAUUCCGCUCUUACCUACAUACAAGUAUCUGUCCUGGGUCUGCUCCACCAACGACAAUGUGUACACAGAUUUGUACAUGUAGUGUUUGAAAAGUAAAUGAAGCAUAACAUCAAAUAUCGCGAAAACAUUACAGAGACAACGUUCCAGCAUGCGGUAUCAAGUAAUUUUUUUCUGUUUAAAUUUGAUAAUUAUAUUAAAUUGCUUUGAAGUGAGUACAAGUUCCAGUAACGGCAGUGAUAUCGUGAGUUGCGGAAGUGCGAAAUGUCGGAAAAUAUCGGAGACGUAUAGUAAAGCCAAUCUUCCCCAUGGAUAUCUGCAGAUAGCGACAAUACCAAGCGGCGCGUUAAAUAUAUCUGUGAGACACUUGGGCCACAGUGGAAAUCGUCUGGUUAUAAAGAGUGUGAAUGAUGAUCAUUACAUAAUCAACGGAGAAGGCGGCAUAUCCUCCAGUGGGACCUAUGAAUAUGACGGCGUAUCGUUUGAUUACCAGUGGACAAACUUCACUAAAUCGGGAAAAUCGAAGAAAGAAUCUUUUGAAUCAAUAUUCGCUGCUGGACCGUUGCUGAAACCAGUAGAUAUUCUGAUCCUAGUAAAAGACAAAAACCCUGGCAUCAUCUUUGAAUACUUACUGCAAAACCAAGUCGAAGAAUCAAAAUCCGAACUAGAUUACUAUGAAGACUACGAGAACCAGGACUGGAACGAACCAAACACUCCACAGGAUUUUGUCAAAUCAAUUAAAAACAAUGAAGUUCAGGAGGUAAACCAAGCAAUCCCUGUCCCAAGAAAAAGACGACAUAAAUACAUGUGGAAGAUCAUUAGCUUCAGCCCAUGCAGUAAAACCUGCGGUGGAGGGAUACAGGCUCCAAUAUUUCGAUGUAUCCGUGGUUCCCCAACUAGAUUCUAUCCUGCAAGGCGUUGCGCGCAUCUUGAAAAACCAGUUUUCAAUGAGAACAUCUAUAAGUGCAACAUGCAACCCUGUCCGGCAUAUUGGUAUGCAGAUCUUUGGCAAGAAUGUAAUUGUAUCCUUGCGGAAGGAUUCCAAACGCGUGACAUUCGAUGUGUUCAAGCUAUGGCCAAUGGUGUUGUUGGCGAAGUGACAAAUUCAAGUUGUACUGAUCCAAAACCAGAUGAGGUACGAAAAUGUGAGUGUCGCAUAGAAAGGAGAAGAGUCAUGACAGGACGUCGCCACUAUCCUUCUCCCCGGGGGAAGCACAUCACUAACCCCAGCUAUCGAAAAACGCCCAGUAACCAUAGUAUGGGCGUCUGGAUGACAUCCAACUGGUACAGCAAUUGCACUGCAACCUGCGGAGCGGGCUUUGAAUAUCGAUCGAUUUUCUGUGAUCGAACACUUUUACACUCAGAUCGGUGCAACCCGACAUUAAUACCCGACACGGUACGUCCUUGUGUCAGCAAAAAAGGAUGCGAAAUUGGCGAAUGGGCUACAACUGAUUGGGGUGUUUGUAGCGGUGAAUGCUUCAACUUGCAAAGAAGGCGUCAAGUGUUCUGCGUCAAGAAUAAUGCAAUUGUUGACAAUGUUGAGUGCAACUCAACUACGAAACCACCUGCUUCAAUGGGUUGUACAUUGGACGAUGUAAAAUAUUGCCGACCAAGAUGGUAUUAUUCUGAGUGGACAACGUGUUCAAAAACGUGUGGAGGUGGUAUGCAGCGGAGGUCUGUUAGGUGUUUGGAGAUCAACCGAAAGGAUAACAUUCUGCAGGAGUCACAGAAAUGUCUUUAUGUUGAAAGAGAGCCUAUUUAUAGUACUUGCAAUACAAUGAAGUGCCCAGAAAUGCUGAUGGAUUCGCGUAUUGACUUGGUUGAAAAUCAAGUCCUGGAAUGCAGUGACCUCUUCAAAAAUUGUGGUUUAAUAAACAAAGCUAAAUUUUGUAAGUUAUCUUACUAUCAGAGACAUUGCUGCUUAACCUGCAAAGGAUAUUUGUAAUUACGUUGCCUUUAAUCAAAAAUCAUCUAUUUAAAAAAAAAACACUAAAAUCUGUACAAUUUCAUAAAGAUGUAUCUUGUUUUUAACAAAAGAUUUAAUAAACAUAUAAACUUAUCUGGC